AUGAGACUUUGAAUACAUAAAUCUUUCACUUAUAACCAUAUAGUGCUUUUUCUUUUCCUGACUCCCCACUGUUUCUGCCCUCGCUGAUUUCUUCUCACCUUCAAGGUACUAAAAGCUGCAAGCAUGUCUGAGGGACCGAGAAAGCAAAAAUACUCCGCUACGCGCCGGCUGCAAUUGAAGGUCAAGCUGCUGAAGAAGGCAGAGUCUAUGCUGGUGGCUGAAAGUGAGGAAAAGAAACAGGAGAAAGAAAGAGUCAUAAACGAGUCUUACCCUCCGCUGAAGCUGUCAGGUCUCUCAGUCCAGGAGCUCCAGGAUCUUUGCAAAGAACUACAUCAAAAGAUUGAUGUUGUGGAUGAGGUUCGUUAUGACAUGGAGAUCAAAGUGGGCAGAAAUGAAAAAGAGAUCGACGGUCUGAAUCUUAAGAUCAUUGAGCUGAAGGGGGCAAAGAGGCCGAGCUUGAAGAGGGUGAAGAAAACCACAGAUGACAUGCUGGGGGCGUGUACUGACACUUCCAAACUUAUGAAGGCUGACUUUAAAGCCAAACUAAAGACAGUGAAGAAGGAUGAAGAAAAGAGGGAAGAAGUGACUGAUUGGCGUAAGAACGUGGAGGCCAUGUCUGGUAUGGAGGGAAGAAAGAAGCUGUUUAACGCUGGACAAUAAAAAGAAUUCAAGAUUUUCAUGACCAGAUGGAAUAAAAUCUGGUUUUGUAAAGACUGAUGUCAAGAUCCAGUAUAACACCUUCUUAGACAAAACUGUAGGAACAUACUUUUUAUCAUUUUGACUUCACGUUAACUCAUAUGUUAAAAGUAUCAGUGUCGGUUUUAAUGUAUUGACAUAAAGUGUAUAGUAUUCCUUGCAUAUUGAUAUUGUUCUCAUGGGCUUUGGGAGUAUGUGUUUUAAAGUGCAGUAUUUGUAUUAAACAGAUGAUGGCGCUGUCACACUAACUGUAAUACACAUGAUGCUGAUUAAACAACCAAGCCAA